AUAAAACCUUGUUUGACCAGUGUUUCAUGUAACUAUUAUGACGAACCUAACCUACCUCUCAUCACUUCAACCAAUCAUCCAAUACAAUAUAAACAAUAAUCAAAGCAAAGGCUUCUCAAUGGUCUCUAUCUCUACUUACAAAAACCAUGUGCAAUUGAAUUGAGCCACAGUACUGCUGCAGCAGGGCACUGAUUAAGCUUCCAUCUGAGUUGUAUUUAUAUCCCUCCAUUAUAUUAAAAAAAGAAUCUGGUCCGUACUAAUAUCACUGUAACUUUAAAUAUAUAUAUAUAUAGAUUAUAUUUAUAUAUUUGCCUUUCCUAUUUGCUAUUUUUCGAAAGUUACACAAGAAAUGGAGGAGAUGAAGAGAAAAGAAAGUGAGGAGAGUCAGAAGUGGGUUUAUGAUUCUUCUGUGGAUUAUAAAGGAAAAGUUCCUCUUCGAGCUUCCACCGGCGUUUGGAAAGCCUCUCUUUUUAUCAUCACUAUUGAGUUCAGUGAGAGACUCAAUUUCUUUGGGAUAGCAACUAAUCUCAUAACUUACCUAACUCAAAUAAUUCACCAAGACCUCAAUACAGCUGCAAAGAAUGUCAAUUAUUGGUCAGGAUUCACCACUAUUGUGCCUUUGAUUGGGGGCUUCUUAGCCGAUGCCUACACUGGUCGAUACACUAUGGUCCUAUUUUCCUCUUUCGUUUAUCUAAUGGGCUUGAGUCUCUUGACAAUGUCCCAGUUCAUCCCAACUAUAAAGCCAUGCAAAAAUACUAGUACAGAAAAUUGCCAAAAUCCAAGGAAGAUUCACGAACUGAUUUUCUUCCUUGCCUUGUAUAUGAUCUCGAUUGGAACUGGUGGGUACAAGCCCUGCCUCGAGAGCUUUGGGGCUGAUCAGUUCGAUGAUGACCACAGCCAAGAACGACGAAAAAAGAUGUCGUUUUUCAACUGGUGGAAUUUUGCUCUGUGUUGUGGAAUCUUUCUUGGAGUGACUGUAAUCGUCUACAUUCAAGACUAUGUUAGCUGGGGUGUGGCUUUUCUUAUUCUUACAAUUACUCUGGCCAUUUCUAUAGUAACGUUCUAUGUUGGGAGGGCUUUUUUUCGUUAUAGGGUGCCCCAAGGAAGCCCCUUAACGCCAUUGAUACAGGUCUUGGUUGCAGCCAUAAGGAAAAGAAAAUUAACUACUCCUUUAGACCCUUCUCUCCUAUAUGAAGUUCCUAAGUCAAAAAUGAUCCACGGAAGGCUUCUUUAUCAUACAAAUCGACUUGGGUUUCUAGACAAGGCUGCCAUACUUGAAGAAAAGGAUCACAUUGAACUUGACCAACAAAAACAACAAUACAAUCCGUGGAGAUUAGCAACAGUGACAAGAGUAGAAGAAUUAAAGCUCAUAUUGAACACCAUCCCCGUAUGGCUAACUUCACUGGCUUUUGGAGUUACUGUGUCACAGUCCUCAACCUUCUUCGUCAAGCAGGCUGCCACUAUGAACUUAAAGUUAAACGAAAGCUUCAGUAUUCCUCCAGCCUCGGUAUCUAGCUUCGGCGCCAUUGCCAUGAUCAUCUCUGUUACUCUAUACGACAGAAUCAUUGUACCGUUUUUGAGGAGAACCACGGGAAAUGAGAGGGGAUUAAGCAUUCUCAACAGGAUUGGAAUCGGGCUGAUCUUUUCGCUUGUGGCAAUGCUUGUUUCGGCCUUGGUUGAGCAAAAAAGGCGCGGUGUUGAGGCCGAGAAAGGGAAAUUGAGUGUGUUUUGGUUAGUUCCGCAGUACGUAAUACUUUGUGCUGGGGAUGGCUUUACUCUGGUGGGCUUGCAAGAAUAUUUCUAUGACCAAGUGCCUGAUUCCAUGAGAAGCUUAGGGAUCGCUUUGUAUCUAAGUAUACUUGGAGUUGGGAGCUACUUGAGUAGCUUUUUGAUUAGUGUUGUGGAUCAUGUAACGGAGAAAACUAGUGGGAAAGGUUGGAUUGGGAAGGACAUGAGUAAUAGUCGUUUGGAUAAGUUUUAUUGGCUUUUGGUAGCCAUUAAUGGUGUGAAUUUGUGUCUGUAUGUGAUAGUUACCAGGGGGUAUACUUACAAAAAUGUGGACAGGGACACUGAGAAGAAUGGGGUUAGUGGUAGUGUUGAAAAUGGGAUUGAACAGAUAUAGUUUAUAAAAUAUGUAAUAAUUUUGGUACAAUGCACCAAGAACAAUGUAAUGUAGAAUAUAUGACUGAACAAUCACUUGGCUAUUGCAUUAGAUCUUUAAUAUAUUUAUGCAGAGUUUAGUUAAA